AUGCAAAUGCAAGCAUCAGUUUUUUUCACUGCUCUGCUCUCGUUUGUGCUGUGCCCACCCACACCACCGGGCGUGCAGCGCUCAAAACUUCUUGAGUUGAAUAAUUGUGCUCAAAUCUGUCGUUACCCGGCCAUGGAAUGCGAAUACACAUGUCAAGGUGAUGGAAGAUGCGAGGCAGAGUGUGAACGAGAGCUCGCUUUGUGUGUGCGCAAAUGUUAUACAGAUUUGCUCACAGAAAUCGAACAACUCAUUCUGAUCGACCCGGACUGGCAGUAUCCGUAUGAUACUGUUGAUUGA